UUGAUGGUGUUAAGCUGCAUCUCUCGCGCAUAAUUCACAUCUAGUUCGAGCGAGCUUUUUGAAGAUUAAGCUCGUGAUAUCUCGUAAUCAUCUUCUCUCUCCGUUUAUCUCUCUCCGUUUAUCUCUUUUUCUCAUCAUGUUCCGAGGAUGUAUAUAUCAUGAAUUUUCGUUGCAAUUGGUCUGGAGUUGUGUUUUACUUGAUUUUUUUCUGUAUCGGUAUGUAAAUCUUUCAUUAUUUUGGAAGCUGAUGUUUAAUUGCUUAACAAAUUUUUUUAUUUUUGUUAAUUUCUUCAGCUUUCAGGUUUUUUUAAGUUUUAUAGUGUUUAGACGAUGAUCACUUCAGACUUAGCGAAGAUUAGUCACAAUCAAGGUUCAAGCUAUGGGGAUUCAUCUGUUGUUAAUCGUGGAGUUGAUGAUGUGACUUCUGUUGGUAGUUCUAUUUUAUCUUCAAACCGCAAUGAAGAAUCUGGUACAAGUUAUUCUAUUUCAUCUGCUGGUCAAAAGACGUAUAUUCCUUUGAAUGUUCCCGAUGUUUCGAAGCCAACUAUUAAUCAAUGCUUUCAGAGUUUAGACCAAGGUUUCAUAUUUUACAAGGAGUAUGGUCGUUUAGGCGGUUUUGAUGUGAGGAAGGGAACUGAAAAGAGGGAUGAAUCUGGUAUAGUUAGUAUUAAACAUUAUACAUGCAGUAAAGAAGGGUGUAAUGAUUUUCGUAGUACUUUGGAUAGUAAUUUGAGUAAAGUUAAGCGAAGGCGGACUGGUUCCACGAGGUGUUGUUGCAAAGCAAAGAUAGUUUUGAAGGUUAAUGAGGAUAGAGAAUAUUUUGUGUUUAAGUUUGAUGAGGUGCAUAAUCACCCCUUGGUUGAUGAAUCUGGAAGGCAAUUUUUGCGAUCUAGUCGUGAAAUGACUAUAAGUUCGAGGAAUUUUGUGUUUGAUGCUGCAAAAGUUAACAUUGGCUGUAGUAAAGCUUACGGUUUGAUGAAAGAAAUGGUUGGAGGGUAUUCUAAUGUUGGAGCUACAUUGAGAGAUUUUAGGAACUUUAAUCGGGACUUGAAAUGUUACGUUGGCGAAGGAGAUGGGCAAAUGAUAAUUGAAAAGUUUAAAGUUUUGCAGGAGAGCUCGAGUUCUUUCUAUUAUGCGUAUGAGCUUGAUGAGACAGGGCAUUUGACGAAGCUUUUUUGGGCUGAUGCAAUCUGUCGGAGGAAUUUUGAGGUGUAUGGGGAUGCUGUUUCAUUUGAUGCAACGUUCGAUACAAAUAAAUAAGUCAAAUUUUGUUGAUUAAUUAUACUGAUUUAGAGUGCUUUUUGACCAGAUUUGAUUUGAUUUCAAUCCAAUGCCUAUAGUAUGUUUACAUAACAAACCCUGCACUUUAGUGUUUAGUUUCAAAUUGAAUGCACUUCUGGGCUUCUUGACAUGAUAAUUGUAAUUCUGGAUAUAAUUGAAAAACCUUUGAAAUAUAUACAAUUAAACUGCACAUUCUCUUCUUGGGACUGGUUUGCACGCC